AUGGGCGUGGGGGCUUUAAUAUACAACCUAGAAAAUCGUGCUUUCAAGAGUUUUGGAGUCAGCAACAUAAAAUCUUUAGAAAUGAGCAAGGAAACAAAAGCGAGAGUUGCUGCUGCCUUUCGUGCUAUGAAGGCUUUAAAUAUUUCUGGAGAAAAAGUGAAGCCUGUUUUGAAGAAUUUGCUGAGACUGUAUGACAAAAACUGGGCGCUAAUUGAAGAUGAAAAUUAUAGGGCCCUUGCUGAUGCUAUAUUUGAUAGAGAUCAACGAGAAGUAGAACAACGUUCAAAGAAGACUCUGAAUAAUGAUGCAGUAGAGCAGUCAAAGAAGAUUGUAAAUACUGAAAAAGAAGAAGCUCAGGUACCUGAAGAGCCUGAGAAGCUAUCCAAGAAAUUUCGACUUGGGUACCAUUACGAGAAAAGAGGGACGAAAGUUGACUCUCCUCAACUCCCAUCCCGAGAAAAGAGGCCAGCUCCUGAGAGUUCAUCCCGUGGUGCAUGUCUUAAAGAGCCUAAGAUUGAGCCUGGCGGCAUCCUUUUAUCAACAGGAAAGGCAAAUACUGAGUGUCAAGCUUCGAUUGUGCCUAAAGAUGAGCCAGUGAAUGACAAUAAGCCAUCUUUGGAGGCCAUGUCCGGCCUAGCCCCCCUUCUCCAUGAAGCCCUGAGUGGCGACUCUGAUGAGGUCGCCAAGCUAAAGGAGGAGCUUGUGAACAGUGAGGCUGCCAUCCGGGCAUUGACCAACCACCAGAAAGACCAAAGUAUGUCAAAACAUGGUCAAACAACCAUUACCAACUACAAUAUAUAA